GGGGUUGUAUGCGCGAGCUCCGUGCUUGCCCCCUUCCUGUCCUCUGGCCGCGCACCACAGGAAUGGCCACGCCGCCCAAGAGAGUCUACCCGUCCCCCGCACCCAGCUCCGAGGGUGUCCGCAUAAAGAAGGUCUCCAUUGAAGGGAACAUCGCUGCAGGGAAGUCAACGUUUGUAAAUAUCCUAAAACAAGUCUGCGAGGAUUGGGAGGUGGUUCCUGAACCUGUUGCCAGGUGGUGCAAUGUUCAGAGCACUCAAGAUGAAUUUGAGGAACUGACAACCUCUCAGAAAAGUGGUGGGAAUGUUCUUCAGAUGAUGUAUGAAAAACCGGAACGAUGGUCUUUUACUUUCCAAUCAUACGCCUGUCUCAGUCGCAUACGCGCUCAGCUCGCCUCUGUCAAUGGCAAGCUCAAAGAUGCAGAGAAACCUGUGUUAUUUUUUGAACGAUCUGUGUAUAGUGACAGGUACAUUUUUGCAUCUAACUUGUAUGAAUCUGAUUGUAUGAAUGAGACAGAAUGGACAAUAUAUCAAGAUUGGCAUGACUGGAUGAAUAACAAAUGCUUGAGUAGGAUACAUUUACGAGGAAGAACUGAAGAGCAAGGCAUCCCUCUUGAAUAUUUAGAGAAGCUGCACUAUAAACAUGAAAGCUGGCUCCUGCAUCGGACACUGAAAACCAACUUUGAGUAUCUACAAGAGGUACCUAUCUUAACAUUGGAUGUUAAUGAAGACUUUAAAGACAAGCAUGAGAGUCUGGUUGAAAAGGUCAAAGAAUUUUUGAGCACUUUGUGAUCUUCCAGAAGACUACUUUACAGCCAAAUUUUCCAGAAACUCCUGCUCUGUGUA